CACUGUAACGAUGAUAUCCAUAACUGCCAGUCGGACAUGAACAUAGUGGGGGCGUGGAAGAGGGGCUACACGGGGAAAGACGUGGUGGUCACCAUCCUGGAUGACGGCAUAGAGAGGAACCACCCCGACCUCAUUCAGAACUACGUGAGUGUGUACUGUAUGUGUGUGGGUGCAUGUACACUGAGUGUACAAAACAUUAGGAACACCUGCUCUUUGCCGGACAUAGACUGACCAGGUGAUUCCAGGUGAAAGCUAUGCUCCCUUAUUGAUGUCACCUGUUAAAUCCACUUAAAACAGUGUAGAUGAAGGGGAGAAGACAGGUUAAAGGAGGAUUUUUAAGCCUUGAGACAUGGAUUGUGUAUGUGUGCCAUUCAGAAAGUGAAUGGGCAAGUCAAUAGAUAUAAGUGCCUUUGAAUGGGGUAUGGUAGUAGGUGCCAGGCGCACCAGUUUGAGUGUGUCAACUGCAACGCAGCUGGCGUUUUCACACUCAAUAUUUUCCAGUGCGUUUCAAGAAUGGUCCACCACCCAAAGGACAUCCAGCCAACUUGACUGUGGGAAGCAUUGGCGUCAACAUGGGACAGCAUCCCUGUGGAAUGCUUUUGACACCUUGUAGAGUCCAUGCCCCGACGAAUUGAGGCUGUUCUGAGGGCAAAAGGGGGUGCAACUCAAUAUUAGGAAGGUGUUCCUAAUGUUUUGUACACUCAGUGUAUGUGUGUGUUUUGGAAUGGGGUAUGUAUGUGGGUUGGAGUAGGAGUGUGUGGCGUAUUCUGCCAUUGGCUGAUUUCUGCUGCUCCGCCCUCGGCCGUAAGAAGACCGUGAUGGUGAAGGUAUUUCCUCUGUUUCCAGGACAACCAGGCCAGUUAUGAUGUCAACGGGAAUGACAUGGACCCCAUGCCCCGUUACGAUGCCAGCAACGAGAACAAGUAAGAUACUGGGUCACAGCAUCACUCUCCGCUGUGUGUGUGUGUGCCCUCGCUUCGGUAUCUGUAUAGUUAUGUAGUAGUGUGGUGUGUUUAUGGUGUAAGUGAGAAUGGUGUGUGUGUGUGUGUGUGUGUGUGGAGAACUCUCCUCUGCCUGGGAGCCCUGUGUCCUGCGCCAGUUUGGCUGUCAGUGUUUUUGGACAUUCUAGCCAAAAUGCCUUGGCAAACCCUCAGUGCUCUGUGGUAGAUUGUUUUCUUAAAGAGACAGGAGGUUUACUAACCCACUGCUUUAUAGAUAGAUCAGCGUCUGCACUGUGUCUCACCCUCUCUCUCUAUCCCUCUCUGACUGGGGUUUGUUGAGAAAUAUGUCACAAUAAUGGGUACGUUCCAAUGUCCAUACUAGCAUACCGCUUAGAAUGCAUACCGCUUAUUGCUCUAUUCUAGGUAGUAUGCUGCUGGAGGGGAUAUUGGAACAUAGCCAUUAGUAUGCUACUGCUACCUAAAGCUUACACACUACACGCAUUUCAGCCAGAUUUGUAUCUUUGCAUUGUCCCAACUUGUCCAGGUGGAAGAUUUCGAAGUCAUUUGUGAGAGGUUCUAUGAAAGCUCGCAACCAACUGCUGAUUCACUCGAGACGUCCCUAUCCAAUACGUUUGCGAGUACACGAGUGUGGUGGUGGUGGUAGGAGUUCCAAUUUGCUCUAGCUUUAUGACAUGGUACUGAUUUGAGGAAAGAGGACUCACCACUUCUGAUCCAGACCAACCAAAGAGACCAGAAUGGAUUGGUUACAGUCCCCUCUACCGUCCCUUUCUUUAAACCAGCAGUUUCACAGAUGUUCAAAGUAAAUUGACACUAACCUUGCAUCUGCUGUGGGGUGUGUUACCUUUGUGUGUGUGUGUGUGUGUUUCCAGAGGAGAACAAGCUGUUCUUUAUGCUUAUUCCCUGUGUGAGGAACGUAUCCGCUGGUGAAUUUGAACAUUUCCAUGUGAUAAAAUCUCUGCCAUAAUGAACCAAGGAAUGACCUCCAGGAUUGAUCCAGUCAGUGUGUUCUUCACAUUGAACUGUAUUCAUCCUGCAGGCAUGGAACAGAGAUGGGGUAGAUGCUGGGUUGCCAUGACAGCGGUCAGUGGUGACUCUGGGCCGCUUGGUCCAGAUGUUCUUGGCAGGAGGGCUGGUCGUGCCGAGCAAGAGAGUGUUUGCCUCUUCCUCCUCCUAAAACACACUCUUGUUUGUUUGCGCUGGUCACUGACCCUGGCAGAUUGUCGCUACAGUCUGUGGCGGAAUGUUACCCUUGUUUGUUGAGGGCUCGGGGACAUGCAAAACAUUGUCUCUUUCACAUUGUGAAAAUAUCUGAGGGCUGUAUGUAAUCCAGUGCAGCUGCUGCUGCCUCUGACAGCAGGGUCAUGUUCGUUACGCACCAAACCGAAGAAAACUGACUAUAAGACAUUUUCCACUGCAUGCCCUUAUGAACAAGACUCAGCCCCUGCUACUGGCCAUGAGGAGCCCUGUUCCUCCAGGCCAGAGUUUGAACUAAGUCGAACUCCACUUAGUUCUCCUCCACUACUUUUUCGGCCAUAUGUCUUUGCUCAAACAUGCAGGUUGUCAGAUGUUAUCCUGACUGUUUGUGCAUUCUUCAGUAUAUCUGUUUAAAUAUUUGUGUGAGUUUUAUAAAUGUGCGCUUGUGGGAGUGUGUAAAUGUGUAUAUCUGUUUAUGUGUGCAUAAUGUGAAGUGUUCCUGCUCUCUCUUCAGGCAUGGAACACGCUGUGCUGGGGAAGUUGCUGCAUCUGCUAACAACUCCCAUUGCACUGUGGGAAUCGCCUACAACGCACGGAUAGGUGGUGAGUGUAUGUUUAUGUGUGUUUCAAGGUUAUUUGCCAUAUGUAAUAGAAAUCUUACUCACUAGUGGUGAGUGCCUGCAAGUGCGCGCGCGCGUUGGUUUUACUCUUUGCAUCUGUGCUUGAGUGUGUGAUGUAAACUGUGUGUGCUAUAUGUACUGUUUGCUCACUCUCUGUCUGUGUGUGUGUGUCAGGGGUGAGGAUGCUGGACGGUGAUGUGACAGACAUGGUGGAGGCCAAGUCUCUGAGUCUGCAGCCGCAGCACAUUGACAUCUACAGCGCCAGCUGGGGUCCUGACGACGACGGCAAGACGGUGGACGGCCCCGCCUCCCUGGCCAGGCAGGCCUUCGAGAACGGCAUCCGCAUGGUGCGUCUCUCACACACACACAGUAGACAUUAAGUACACAUUAAGUAUACACACUUAUACCCACUAUCAUACACCAAUUCACCCUCAAAAGAAGACUGGGGCAAAGAAUACAAAUUGACUUGGACAAACACACACGCCCACAGUAACCCGGGGGCUAGAGUUUUAUCAAUGCCUCAGGGGCACUUCUAUACAUUUGCAUUAAAGAGCUUGGUCUGAUUAGCAUAUCAAUGUGGUGUAUCCAUAUUCAUGACUGUGUUGUGGAGGUGGCUCAAAGGAAGAGCCUAGCCCAGGGGUUAAGUGGAGGGGAGUUGAGUACACAAGGUCGCAUGUGAUGAUUUCAGAGUGUCCUCUCCUUGCUGAGUCAGAAAUGCUGCUGACAUUUUGAUUGUGGGGAAACUAAAACAAUGGUUACUUUGGUGGUGGUGGGUUACGUACACUGAGAAUUCUAAACAUUAGGAACACCCCCCUUUGCCCUCAGAACAGUCUCAAUUCGUUGGGCUCUACAAGGUGUCGAAAGCGUUCCACAGGGAUGCUGGCCCAUGUUGAGUCCAAUGCUUCCCAUAGUUGUCAAGUUGGCUGGAUGUCCUUUGGGUGGUGGACCAUUCUUGAUACACACAGGGAAACUGUUGAGCGUGAAAAACCCAGCAGCGUUGCAGUUCUUGACACACUCAAACCGGUGUGCCUGGCACCUACUACCAUACCCUGUUCAAAGGCACUUACAUGUUUAAUCUAGCCCAUUCACCCUCUGAAUGGCACACAUACACAAUCCAUGUCUCAAUUGUCUCGAGGCUUAAACAUCCUUCUUUAACCUGUCUCCUCCCCUUCAUCUACACUGAUUUUGAAGUGGAUUUAACAAGUGCCAUCAAUAAGGGCGGCAGGUAGCCUAGCGGUUAAGAGUGUUGGGCCGAUAACUGAAAGGUCGCUGGUUUGAAACCCCGAGCUGACUAUGUGAAAAAUCUGUUGAUGUGCCCUUGAGCAAGGCACUUAACCCUAAUUGAUCAUGUAAGUCACUCUGGAUAAGAGCAUCUGCUAAAUGACUAAAAUUAAAUUAAAAUGUAAUAAGAGAUAAUAGCAUUCACCUGGUCAGUUUUAUGUCAUGGAAAGAUGUUUUGUAUACUCAGUGUACAUAUUUUUUGGCCAUGGAAGCUACAGAGGUCUAUUGGGCUAUUAUGACAGAUGGUUAGAGGUGUGUGGGUGUGUGUGUGGCAGGACCGUGGCAGGUUGGCCUAUGGAAAGGGGAUGUGACCGGCUAGUGAGCGGGGAGAAAGUGUGACCGGUUGGGAGGGAGGAAAAAUGUAUUAGUCCCCGUAUGUUUGUGAGAUAUUACUGCCAGGUUAGGGAGAGGUGUGUGUUGCUGUUGUGAUAGGUUAGGUUAGGUUAGAGGGUGCAGGUCCCCCCACACCCACCCGCCCCCCACGCUCUCUUAGGGUUCUUGAGCUAAUUUCCUCGUUAACGUUUUUCAGUUGCCUUUGUCUGUCUCCCUCUUUCUUCAAUAAGUCAUCCUCUCCCUACCUGCUCUUUCUCUCUCUCUUUCAGUCUCUCUCACUCUCCCUCUGUAUCUCUCCCCUCCUUUCUCGCUCAACUUCUCUCUUUCUCGCUCUCUCCCUCUCUCCCUCUUUUUUUCUCCCUCCAUCCCUUCAAAGCUGGUCCCAGUUUUCCGUCAGCGUUUCGUCCUGUCUGAUUCUCUCCUCACUCAGAGGGGCUUCUAUCUCUUAUCACUGGCUGACAGGCCUUUUGAAGUGCUCCCCUCCACCUUUUAUCCCCUCUGUGUGUGGAUGUGUGUACAUGAAUGCUUGCGUGUGUGUUUGAGUGAGUGAGAGUGACAGUCAGAGCUCACAGAGCAGUAGGCUCCCUCAAGUAUCUCUGCCAAUCACACACCAAGAAAUGUCCAUAUAAAUAGAAUAAUGGCAUUUUGGCAUCAUUGACUUUAUUUGAUUGGGGAUGCCCACUUUAGUAAUUGUAUUUCUAUGAAAAUAACUCUGUUUACUGAAGCUGUGUGGUAGGCCUGCUCCAUUAAGUAAUUUGUGCUAAUGUAAUUAAUGUGCUCAUUCCCCGUGCACCUGCUAUUACCAUUUCAGCAUCAGGUGGUGGAAGAACGUUGUUCCCACGGGCAGGAAGUCCCGCCUUUGAUCUAAUUGACAAUGAUUUGAUUUCCUGCCAGGGAAGAAAGGGGCGCGGCUCCAUCUUUGUGUGGGCGUCAGGAAACGGCGGGCGGAGCCGGGACCACUGCUCCUGUGACGGCUACACCAACAGCAUCUACACUAUCUCCAUCUCCAGCACCGCAGAGAGCGGACGCAAGCCCUGGUACCUGGAGGAGUGCUCGUCCACCCUAACCACCACCUACAGCAGCGGAGAGAACUACGACCGCAAGAUAGUAAGUCUGUCUCCGAAAGAGAAAGAAAGUGUGUUUGUGUGUUCCACCAUUCUUACCACAACAUACAGCAGCAGAGGGAAGAGAGAACUACAACUGUCUAAUAGUUGAGGGGGGGGUGUGUGUGUGUGUGUGUGUGUGUGUGUGUGUGAGAGCUCUUGUGGCCCACAGUCUGGAAGACCUUCAGUCCGUCCUUGUAACGGCUGUGAGGGUCUAAAGCAGGAUGAUGGGACUGUAUCAACACCACCAAGACAGAGGUGGUCUGUCAAUGGAGAUCCAGCCCUCCACCCACCAUGCCUGUCUUCACCAUUGAGCACAAAUCACUGGCAAUAGUCCCGUCAUUCAAAUACCUGGGCAGCAUCCUCUCGGAGGACUGCAGCAUCGACCUCAAUUCAAAACAGGAUCAAGCAAGCAUCAGCUGCCUUCGGGAAACUCAGACGCAGCGUCUUCCAAAACUGGGAUCUCCACCUCCACACCGAAGUCGCCGUCUAUCAAGCCGUCUGCAUCACCACACUGCUUUACAGCUGUGAAGCCUGGGUCGCUUACAGUCGCCACAACAAGCCGCUCGAGCGAUUCCACAUAAGAUGCCUGCAGCGCAUCCUGGGAAUCACCUGCUGCGACCAUGUACACCAUACAGAAAUACUUGCUAAGACCAACUGCAAGAGUAUGGACGCCAUGGUCACUCAGCACCAACUGCGCUGGCUUGGGCAUGUCAUUAGGAUGUCUCAGGAGCGCUUGCCGUGGAAGAUCCUGUAUGGCCAGCUACACCUUAGCCGGCGGUCUGCAGCGGGGCAGAUGAAGUGCUACAAGGACCAGCUGAAAACUUCGCUGAAGAAGUGCAACAUCAAACCCACAAACCUGGAGGACGAUGCUGCCGACCGUUCCACCUGGCGGCAGCUCUGCCAGAGCGGUGUACAGAGGUGGAGAAGAGCACAAAGAAACAGCAAAAACAGCUCAGGAGACAUACAACCAUGCCUGCCCCUGCCAACACAGACUGCACAUGCCCCACCUGCAAUAAAGUUUGUGGAUCUCGGAUUGGACUCUACAGUCACCAAAGAAUUCAUCGUUAACUCAGAAGUGGAAGUCCUCAUCGGAUACGUUGGACUACCAUAACGUAACGUGUAUGAGAGCGAGAGAGAGAGCACUAAUGUGCUAAUGCUGCUUUGUCAUUUAGGCCGACUAGAUGGCAUACGUAACUGAUUCCUGUGUGGGCAAAGCCAGACAAACAGGCUUUGGUUGUUUUUAAAGCCCAUGACCUUUGAACCCAAGGCUGGGUGAAUGAGGUCAAUGUGUCGGGGUUGAGCUGUGUGUCCUGGCUGACCCCCUCCUACUCUCCACCCCUGGCCCAGGGUGCAUUGGGGUAGACUGUCAGACAGAGUGACAGUUGUCCUAGCUUGUCUGGCAGUGUCUCGCCACAGUACCAAUAGAGGUUCUGGAGACCAAGCAGGGAGAGGGAGAGGGAGAGAGCAGUCACUAAGAACCAGCCAGGCCAGCGCUGUGCUACAGACUCACACAGAGCAAUGACCAGCACUCAACACACACACACGGUCAUGCACACAAUGUCCUACUCCAGGGCCCGUAUUUGUAAAGCAUAUCAGAGUAGGAGGGCUGAUCUAGGUUCAAGUCCCCCCUGUGCAUAUACACUACCGGUCAAAAGUUUUAGAACACCUACUCAUUCAAGGGUUUUUCAUUAUUUUUAAAACAAUUUUCUACAUUGUAGAAUAAUAGUGAAGACAUCAAAACUAUAUGAAAUAACACAUAUGGAAUCAUGUAGUAACCAAAAAAGUGUUAAAGAAAUUAAAAUGUAUUUUAUAUUUGAGAUUAUUCAAAUAGCCACCCUUUGCCUUGAUGACAGCUUUGCACACUCUUGGCAUUCUCUCAACCAGCUUCACCUGGAAUGCUUUUCCAACAGUCUUGAAGGAGUUCCCACAUGCCAUCUCAAUUUGGUUAAGGUCGGGGUAUUGUGGAGGCCAGGUCAUCUGAUGCAGCACUCCAUCACUCUCCUUCUUGGUUAAAUAGCCCUUAUAAAGCCUGGAGGUGUGUUGGGUCAUUGUCCUGUUGAAAAAUAAAUGAUAGUCCCACUAAGCCCAAACCAGAUGGGAUGGCGUAUCGCUGCAGAAUGCUGUGGUAGCCAUGCUGGUUAAGUGUGCCUUGAAUUCUAAAUAUAUCACAGACAGUGUCACUAGCAAAGCACCCCCACACCAUAACACCUCCACCCCCACACCAUACACAUGCGGAGAUCAUCCGUUCACCCACACCGCGUCUAACAAGGACACGGCGGUUGGAACCAAAAAUCUCCAAUUUGGACUCCAGACCAAAGGACACAUUUCCACUGUUCUAAUGUCUCUUCUUCUUAUUGGUGUCCUUUAGUAGUGGUUUCUUUGCAGCAAUUCAACCAUGAACCUAACCCGGACGACGCUGGGCCAAUUGUGCGCCGCCCUAUGGGACUCCCGGUCACUGUCUGUAAUGACACAGCCUGGGAUCGAACCCCAGGCUGUAGUGACGCCCUAACACUGCAAUGCAGUGCCUUAGACCACUGCGCCACUCGGGAGGCACCUGCAAAAAAAUAAUAUUUCCCUCCUUUCCACUCCCUUUGGUCCUCUUUGGCUGAGAAAUGAUUUCCUGGGUACCUUAGGGAACAGCAGGCUAUUAUGUGUGUGUGUGUGUGUGUCAUCUCUAGCAUGGCAGCGUAUCAAAGCUGGAAUGUGUGCAGUCUCAGGUGUGCCUCAAUCUCCCCCUGAUCCACAGGACUUAACCCUCCCUCCCCUCUCUGUCCAUCCCUCCUGCUAUAGAUCACCACAGAUCUGCGGCAGCGCUGCACAGAUAGCCACACAGGGACCUCGGCGUCUGCUCCUAUGGCAGCUGGGAUCAUCGCGCUGGCCCUGGAGGCUAAGUAAGCUCCUUAACCUUAACUCAGGGAUUCACACGACUCCACCUGUGCACUGCAGUUAGUUCAGUUCACCCAGCUAGUCAGUCAAUCAAUCCCAUUGCUCACAUUGCUUAUCAAAAUUCUCUCUCUCUCCCGUCUCUUUGCCUUUUUUCACUUUCUUUCUCUGCUGCAUUCCUCCCCCCCCCCACACACACACACACACACCAACUUCUCCGUACACACACUCGUCAAGUGGAGCAGAUUGGCCACAACUCUUUGAGCGCUGCUGAUGGUUGCAGCGGUUAUCUGGUAUAUGAAAGAGAACGGGCCGACUUUGAUAAACAUAUAUUCAAGAGGGGCUGGGGCUGGGAGCAGGCCUGCUCUGUCAUUUGAAAGCCAGGUUAUCUUCCUCCUCUGCCUCAUAUAUUACACCUGUAUGUUUAUACCAUAAUUACACUUCAGUCAGAACAUGAGAGGAGACUCUCCAACAUCAGCCGGGUUUGAUGUCGGAUCUGUGGGGACCGAACGGGCUGUUGGAACAGUUCCUGUGUGUGUGUGUGUGUGUGUGUGUGUGUGUGUGUGCGCUCCGGCAGCGUUCAAAUGAUUUUAGGAUGCCUGUGCCAUGGCCUAGUUAGUGUACCACGUUAAUGAUGAUGAAACAUUUAUAGAAUGUGAAUUAUGGAUGGAGUGGUGGAGUUAAACUAACAUUGGUUGGUUUUAAUUGUCAAUAUAUCAGAGUUUUCAUGGAUGGUUAUUGGGGUUGGGACCCCCCUGCUUUUCCCUCCAGAAGACAUAGCUUCUUAACCUGUGAGUGCCCGUCUGUUUCUGGUCUCUUGCCAACUCCUUAUGGAAUUGAUAUGCCAUGGCUGGCGCCCAAGCUGACAGCUUCUGGUUUUCACUUGAAUUAGUUUUUUGGAAAACGUAGUGAACAGAGUGAGUGUUGGACAGCGAGCAGGAGAACAGAUGACUCCUGGGAGGUGAAACACUUAAACAUACUCUCCCACUAGUGUUCAAGAGGUUGAUGUUAUUGGUUAGCCGUGAAGGUUUUCUCUUCCACGAUAAACUCCUUAGGAGACAGUACACAAUGUCCGUUUUUAUUUUAGGGUCUUUUCAUACAUAUCUGUUUUACCGUUUAGAAAUGAAUGCACUUUGUGUCUAGUCCGGCCAUUUGAAGAAGUCAGUAUUUGGACAAAUUCACUUACAUUUACAUUUUAGUCAUUUAGCAGACGCUCUUAUCCAGAGCGACUUACAGUUAGUGAGUGCAUACAUUUUCAUACUGGCCCCCUGUGGGAAACGAACCCACAACCCUGGCGUUGCAAGUGCCAUGCUCUACCAACUGAGCUACAGGGGACCACUAGGUGUAUUAAGUAGUCGAUAGUUUAGUAUUUGGUCCCAUAUUCCUUGCACACAUUGACUACAUCAAGCUUGUGACGAUAUAAACUUGUUGGAUGCAUUUGCAGUUUGUUGUGGUUGUGCUUUGGAUACCUGAAUGGUGAAUAAUGGAUUGCGCCAUUUUGGAGUCACUUUUAUUGUAAGUAAGAAUAGAUGUUUCUGAACACUGCUACAUUCAUGUGGAUGCUACCAUGAUUAUUUGUUAAAUUAAUUGUGAGUAAUGAGUUAAAGGUUAGAGGUACAAAGAUCAUACCACCAUGUUUUGUUGCCUCUGAACGGCAUCUUACUCAACAUUAUUCAUGAUCCAUUCAUGAUUUUUAUCAAUCAUGGCAUUAUCAGGAUUAAUUUAGAAGUGUUCAGAAACAUCUACUCAGGAGAGGGGGUGGGGGAAUGGAUGCAUAAAGUGCUUUCAUUUCUAAACAGUGAAACGGAUAUGUAUGAAAAUAUCCUCAAUACAUUCUGUACUGUUGUUGCAUCAUAUGAAACAUUGAUCUCAAAUCCAAAAUGCUGGAGUAUAGAGACAUUUUAAAUGUUAGCUUUACUGUCAAAAUACAUAUGGAGGGGAGUGUACAGUUGAAGUCAGAAGUUUACAUACACCUUAGCCAAAUACAUUUAAACUCAGUUUUUCCCACAAUUCCUGACAUUUAAUCCUAGUAAAAAUGCCAUGUCUUAGGUCAGUUAGGAUCACCACUUUAUUUUAAGAAUGUGAAAUGUCAGAAUAAUAGUAGAGAGAAUUAUUUAUUUAAGCUUUUAUUUAUUUGAUCACAUUCACAGUGGGUCAGAAGUUAACAUACACUCAAUUAGUAUUUGGUAGCAUUGCCUUUAAAUUGUUUAACUGGGGUCAAAUGUUUCGGGUAGCCUUCCACAAGCUUCCCACAAUAAGUUGGGUGAAUGUUGGCCCAUUCCUCCUGACAGAGCUGGUGUAACUGAGUCAGGUUUGUAGGCCUCCUUGCUCGCACACGCUUUUUCAGUUCUGCCCACAAAUGAUCUAUAGGAUUGAGGUCAGUGCUUUAUGAUGGCCACUCCAAUACCUUGACUUUGUUGUCCUUAAGCCAUUUUGCCACUUUGGAAAUAUGCUUGGGGUCAUUGUCCAUUUGGAAGACCCAUUUGCGACCAAGCUUUAACUUCCUGACUGAUGCCUUGAGAUGUUGCUUCAAUAUAUCCACAUCAUUUUCCUUCCUCAUGAUGCCAUAUAUUUUGUGAAGUGCACCAGUCCCUCCUGCAGCAAAGCACCCCCACAGCAUGAUGCUGCCACCCCCGUGCUUCACGGUUGGGAUGGUGUUCUUCGGCUUGCAAGCUACCCCCCUUUUCCUCCAAACAUAACGAUGGUCAUUAUGGCCAAACAGUUUUAUUUUUGUUUCAUCAGACCAAAGGACAUUUCUCCAAAAAGUACGAUCUUUGUCCCCAUGUGCAGUUGCAAACUGUAGUCUGGCUUUUUUAUGGCAGUUUUGGAGCAGUGGCUUCUUCCUUGCUGAGCGGCCUUUCAGGUUAUGUCGAUAUAGGACUCGUUUUACUGUGGAUAUAGAUAAUUUUGUACCUGUUUCCUCCAGCAUCUUCACAAGGUCCUUUGCUGUUGUUCUGGGAUUGAUUUGCACUUUUCGCACCAAAGUAUGUGCGUCUCCUUCAUGAGCGGUAUGACUGCUGCGUGGUCCCAUGGGGUUUAUACUUGCGCACUAUUGUUUGUACAGAUGAAUGUGGUACCUUCAGGCGUUUGGAAAUUGCUCCGGAGGAUGAACCAGACUUGUGGAGGUCUACAAAUGUUUUUUCUGAGGUCUUGGCUGAUUUCUUUUGAUUUUCCCAUGAUGUCAAGCAAAGAGGCACUGAGUUUGAAGAUAGGCCUUGAAGUACAUCCACAGGUACACCUCCAAUUGACUCAAAUUAUGUCAAUUAGCAUAUCAGAAGCUUCUAAAGCCAUGACAUCAUUUUCUGGAAUUCUUCAAGCUGUUGAAAGGCACAGUCAACUUAGUGUAUGUAAACUUCUGACCCACUGGAAUUGUGAUACAGUGAAUUAUAAGUGAAAUAAUCUGUCUGUAAACAAUUGUUGGAAAAAUGUCUUGUGUCAUGCACAAAGUAGAUGUCCUAACCAACUUGCCAAAACUAUAGUGUGUUAACAAGAAAUUUGUGGAGUGGUUGAAAAACAAGUUUUAAUGACUCCAACAUAAAUGUAUGUACACUUCAGACUUCAACUGUAUAUACAGUGGGGUCUGAAAAUAUUGACACCUUAUUGGUAGAUUUUCAUGUCACCCAACAAAUGUAAACACCUGGAGUUUGCUUAACAGCAUUGGCACUUGGAUUGGAACCGGUGCUUUGGUCAGAUUACAUGAAAAUAGAGCUCUUUGGCCACGCACACCAGUGGUGGGUUUGGUGUCGAAAUGAGAAUACAUAAGCAGAAAAUAACCCCAUACCUACUGUAAAGUAGGGUGGUGGAUCUUUGAUGUUAUGGGGCUAUUUUGCUUCCACUGGUCCUGGGGGCACAUGUUAAGGUCAACUGCAUCAUGAACUUUACCCAGUACCAGGACAUUUUAGCCAAAAACCUGGUUGCCUCUGCCAGGAGGCUGAAACUUGGCCGCAACUGGAUCUUCCAGCAAGACCAUAACCCUAGGCACACAUCAAAAUCCACAAAGAAAUGGUUAAUUGGCCACAAAAUCAACAUUUUGCAAUGGCCAUCUCAGUCUCCGGACUUGAAACCCAUUGAAAACCUGUGGUUUGAAUUGAUGAGGGCAUGUCCAUAAGUGCAGACGAAGGAUAUCAAGGAUCUGGAAGGAUUCUGUAUGGAGGAAUGGUCAAAGAUCCCUCCCAAUGUGUUCUCCAACUCAUAAAAUAUUUUUGAAAAAGUUGAGGUAUUGAAAGGUAUUAAAAACAGAGGUGUCAAUCAUUUUGACCCCUACUUUUUUGAGAUUUUUUUGUAUUACUUGUUAAACAAAAUGUAUUUCUCUGAGCAAUUGUAUUAGUAUAAUAUAAUUUCCCAAACAUUUUAAACUUACAAUAUACCUAUUUAUUCGAUACAGUCAUUUUGCUCGUCUUUAUCAAUGGUGUCAAUAAUUUCAGACCCCACUGUAUAUCCUUGCGGAGUAGUACUUUUCUAGAAAAACCUGCUGCCUCUGAAUUUUCCGAAAUGCUGUGCUCAGAGGAUGAGGGAGAGAUGAGAGCGGGAGAAAAUAAUGAAGCAUCUGGACGGCAUAUGAAGGGAUUCCCAGGAAACUUGGUGACCUAGAUAUAUUUUUUUUUAAGCACCGUCUUUACAUCAAAGGACACAUGGCUGCCAUCUUGUAAUGGUUAUCACGUGAGAUUGGAGAGGGGAGGGAGGCGGAUGGAUGGGCAUACUGUAUCUGGUAUACCUAACUCUCCCGCUCCCUUUCUGUUACACGCAAACACCCAAGCACCAUAUGUAUAGUACACACAAACACAUACACACACAAACCGUGUUAAGUCUGUGUAUAUUGUUGGUCACCAGUGUGUCUCUGUGGUGUUUUGUGAUUUCUCCUCCAGUCCUCUGUUGUCGUGGAGGGAUGUUCAGCACAUCAUUGUCAAGACGUCUCGAGCUGGCCACCUCAACGCCCCUGACUGGAAGACCAACACCGCUGGAUACAACGGUGCUUAACACUGCCCGCCUCCUCUCCUCCCUCUGCCACUCACCUCUUUUUCCCCUCUUUCUUUCAUACCCCUCACUUACUCUUAGCCCAGUCACUCACCAUAAACCAUCCUACCGCCUGCCAACUACCUGUCAGGGAUUUCAUGCGGAGUACUUUGUUUCAUAAGUGUGUGUGUUUGUGGAGUGUGAGUGUGUGUGAGACAGACUGAGACUGCAGUCCUAGUCCGUCUGGAGUUGUUCCAAGCGGCUGUUUCAAAGAGGAUUGGGAAACCUAGUGAGAGAGAAAAGGGAGGAGGUGGGGAGUUCAUCCAGAGGAAAUGGAGAGCGGAGGUUUAAAGAAAGAGGGGGAGGGAUGGGGAAACAAUAUUUGAUUGGUUUUGUGGAUUGGGUUAACUUACUGAUGUUUUACUGUGAUACUGCUUUGGUUGGAUGGCUGUUUUGAUUGGUUGUUCUAAGGCGGUGGUCACCAACCGGUCGAUCAUGAAGACAUUCCUAAUCACCAAACAUUUCUGUCAAAAUAACAAUGAUAAAGCCUUGCAUUCCUAUUUUUGUGUUUGUUUUGCGCUGUUGGUGGUAGGUGCACUUGAUUCAGCAGCCCUAGCGCCAGGAAGGCAAUGUGUUCCCAUUUUUAACCAUUUCAUGUGUCUGAAGGUAUAACUCUGCCUACCCGGCAGGCCCUGAGAGCAAAUCAAGUGCACCUAUAGGUCUACCGCUGGCCAAUCCGAAACCUCAUUGCUCCAUAACUGUUUUUAAUUGCUUAAUGUUGCAUAGGCUUACGUUUUUUAAAGUCGUGUAAAAUAUAUAUAUAUAUAAUCUGAGCAGUAGAUCUUGGCUUGCAUUUUGACUCAGAAAGUGAUCUUGACUCAGACAAGGUUGGUGACCACUGUUCUAAGGCAUGAAUAACCAUUGGCUCAGAAAGUAUCCACCCCCUUGCACAAUUCUUACUUAAAACAUUUUUUGGUUACAAAUUAGGUGAAAAAAAAAAAAGUCCUCUGUGUCAAUACUUAGUUAAUCUUGCGUACUCUAGAAUCCUGAAUCAAGGCUAUGAUAUUUGCUAGAAGUAUUUAUCCAUUCCUCUGGGCAAAAUUACUCAAGCUCUUUCAUAAAGCAGUGGAUACUUAUCUCAUGAAAACAUUUCAGGUUGUUAUACAUUUUUUAAACUGUCUAGAUUUUUUGGUGGGAUAGGUUGUUUAGAUCAGUGAAUUAAAAAAACAAUCUAGGCUGUAAGGCAACACCUUUGUGCUUAUUGGGGUGGAUUCUUACAGAUAUGAAUAUGGUUCUGUGAAAUGUAUUGAAGUGAUGUGUGGUUUUGAACUAUUUUGAUUGGCUGUGUGGAUUGACUGACGGUGGGCGUGUCUUGCAGUCAGCCACCUGUAUGGCUUUGGCCUGAUGGACGCGGAGGCUAUGGUGAAGGAGGCGGAGCGAUGGAAGCAGGUCCCCGCGCAGCAUAUCUGUGUGGAGAGUGCCGACCGCCAGAUCAGGUACUACACAGUAACACCUCCCUAAUGGACCUGUCCUUACCCAAUCAACCAACCAAUCAAAUGUAAUCUGUUCAGAGCUAUUGAGAAAUACAUGAAAACACUAUAUUUAACAGCAACCAAGGGUCAUGUUCAUGUGUGUGUUUCUGUCCAAAAGUUCUUCAUGCACCCACGUAUGGGAUUUCUGAAAGCUCCUGCACACAGAGGAGCCAGCCAAGUAUUAGUUCUGGAGGGUCUAACGCAUGCCUGCACAAACACACAUACAAAAUGCAUGCAUGCACACACACUAGGGGUGUGACGUUUAAACGAAUUUGCGAUCGUUAACGUUUAGAAAAAAUCCCUAACUGAAAACGUUAUUGUUUUACAAUUAAAAUCACAGUGCACUUAUCACAAAACGACCACUAACAGGUCCGAUCAUCAUCAUAAAGACAAAAAAUAUAUAUAUUGCAACAACGCUGUAAGUAGGAGGCGAUAUGCAUCUUUCAAAUUAUUUGACAUAGAUAUUGAGCGCUCCACACCUCAUCGUCAUUAACAGUUGGAAAAAUGGCAGAGUGGGACAGGGAAGCAACAGCAGCAAAGUCCUGUAUGGCAAUACUUUGUGAAGUUAAAUGAGAAAGUGAUGAAAUGCAAACUUUGUGAGGUGGAAUUGAGCUACAGUGGCAGUACAGGUGCAAUGCUGAAAGGGAGGCACCGUGAGACCCAACCCGUUGCUGGCAGCAGUGUGAUAAGGGACAGCGUGAGAAAAUCACAGCGCUGAUUGCAGUUGAUAUGCAGCCAUUGUCAAUGGUAGAGGAUGUCGGCUUCAAUAACCUAAUGGCAUAUCUAGAACCAGACUACAAGAUGCCACGUCGAAAAACCGUGACGGCCCUGAUGGAGAAAUUGUACAAUGAUUGAUUGCUCUGCAAGUACAAAGCGCGAGCUCUCCAACACCAUAUGUGAUGUAAACAACAGGUUGUUGGACAUCUAUGAACACACUGUCAUACAUCACUGCAACGAGCCAUCACAUUGAUGAGGAGUGGGACAUGUAUGUUUUUUUUUUUUAACAAUAAAAAAUGGCUGUUUUUAAUUUUUUAUUUUUUUUGUCACAUCCCUAACAUGCACACAAAACACACACACAAUCAUCCAAGGGUUGGAACCGGUUCAGGGAAAAUAACACUAUUAUUUGAGGAACAGAACCCAAACUAAAAACUAAAGUGAUCCAUACUGUUCCAGAACAGAACCGUUAUUUUAAAAGCAUGGCAACCGGUUAAUAACGUUAUUUUACAUUCCGGGCAUUUUCCAGUCCCACAAAAAUCCCAACAAAGCGCCUAUGCUAAGCCCUCACUCAGAAAUGUAUUCCAGCUUCUGCCUGCCAGCUGGAAAUAUUUGCCGGUGGGUGUGUGUGUAGGCUACCUGCCCCUCCCCUUUGAAGCAUAGGUUGCAAGCGUAAUUCAGAAAUUAGGGAGAGGUAUUUAAUUAGAGAAGAAUGGAUUUACUUUUUCAAUGCUAGUAUAGUUAUCACAUCGGAUUUAUUAACUAUAAAAAGGUAAGACGUGUUUUUAAUUCUAGGUCUGCUCUGCACAAUCAAGCUUGUUAGCUAGCUAACCUUUGCUCUGGUCCAACUUUAAACCAACUGAGAAUGACAUUCAAAGUACCUUUAUAGAAGCCGCUCCUCCAUAGGUAUAAUUCUGUGGGCCUAAUUCAGAUAAUGCAUGUCAUAAGAUGCCCAGCACUUCAAGGCAAGCUUCCUCCAGCCUCUCUCCUCACACUCAAAAUGUCAGUUGCUUCUCGCGCCUUACACUGACUGGCAGCACAGUGUGUGUGUGUGUCUUAAAUUAUGAUUAAACCAUACUGUUAUGGCAAAAUACAAUUUUCUCUUAACAACUUUACUAUACAGAUUAAAUCGCUUACCCGCUCCACAGCAAGCUGCUCUAUCCACACUGAUUGGUGAAGUCAUUUAAUGUCGAGCUAAAUGUAAGAAAUAUAUAUAUUUCAGAGGUUUAAAAAGGAACAGAAAGGAAAGAUAUAAACUGUACUUUUUCUUGGUUUGAACCGGUUCAGAACUUUAUUUUGCUGGUUGGAACAGCGGAACGGAACAAAAAAAAGUGUGUUUCUGUUCAGAACUAAAUUAUUUGAAAAUUAUUUUGGUUCCAACCCCUGCAAUCACAGGCCCUUUCAAUUUGAUCCGCUUUUUUUUUCUCUCCCUGUGCAGCUGGAUGUUUAAUCGGGCUCCUGUUGAACACAUUAAAGAGCCAAUCACAGUUUAGUUUACUGGCUUUGAAUGGAACCAAUCAGCCUCAUGCUAGUUCCCCAGUCAAGCUCCCUAUCUAUCAGCCCCAUGCUGGCCAGACCAUAGGAAUCUUAUGGGAAGCCCAUCUCGGCGUGCGUGUGUUUGUGAGAGUGUGUGUAGUAUGUGAAUUGAGGACCGCCGGCUGUGGCCCCUCAGGUUUUUGGGGCAGAACGGAGGGUGCUUUUGGCAGUGCAGUUUGUUUUUGAUCUGGAGCUGUUCUCCUGUCGUCAUCUUCCAGACACAGGCCUCUCCACUGAGACACCACUGGCCUCUCCACUGAGACCCCACUGGCCUCUCCCACUGAGACACCCACUGGCCUCUCACUGAGACACCACAGGCCUCUCCACUGAGACACCACUGGCCUCUCCACUGAGACACCACAGGCCUCUCCACUGAGACACCACAGGCCUCUCCACUGAGACACCACAGGCCUCUCCACUGAGACACCACUGGCCUCUCCACUGAGACACCACUGGCCUCUCCACUGAGACACCACUGGCCUCUCACUGAGACACCACAGGCCUCUCCAUGAGACACCACAGGCCUCUCCACUGAGACACCACAGGCCUCUACACUGAGACACCACUGCCUCUCCACUGAGACACCACUGGCCUCUCCACUGAGACACCACUGGCCUCUCCACUGAGACACCACAGGCCUCUCCACUGAGACACCACUGGCCUCUCCACUGAGACACCACUGCCUCUCUCAUGAGACACCACAGGCCUCUCCACUGAGACACCACUGGCCUCUCCACUGAGACACCACUGGCCUCUCCACUGAGACACCACUGGCCUCUCCACUGAGACACCACUGGCCUCUCCAUUGCAUUUGGUCAUGUCUGGGCCUUCUCAUCCUUGGAGCGUUGGAGAAAAAAACAUGUAGGAUCUGUAGACCGCCAGUUAAGGUGUAAUCUGGGUUUGUCUCCUCCCAGCCCCCCGCCCAAGCCACUAGCGUACCAUACACCUCCACAGCCCUCGCAAUUGCAGUUUUAUAGCAUGAGAUUAGCUAUAAAAUUAUUAUUUAAUUUUUUUUGCCCCAUGGCAAUAUGUUUAGAAUUGCAGGAAAUUAGCUUUAAAAAAGCAACAUUUUCUCUCGGCCUCAUGGCAAAAUGUGUAGAAUAGCAAGAGAUUAGCUAUAAAACGGCAAAUGUUUGUAGAAUUGUAGAAAGUUACCUUGCUCAGAAACUGCAGUACGCCACUGCCCCAAGCACACUUAAAUGCAGAUCUACACCCCAACACAUUUACUCACACACACGCACACUAGCGUGGAUUCUGGUGUAGUGUUUAGGAUCCAAGACUGCGUGUCACCCGUCCCCGCUGCCAUCCUCUGGCUUGGCCAUCCAAACUCUGCUGUGUGCUCUCUGAUUGGGUGACUGCUCUGACACUGACAUCUGAUUGGUUGCUUCCCUCUGCCUGCAGGACGAUCCGCCCAGAGCACGUGGUGCGCUCCGUGUACAAGGCCACCAGCUGCAUUGACAACUUCAACCACCAUGUCAUCUACCUGGAGCACGUAGUCGUACGCAUCACCAUCACGCACCCACGCCGUGGCGACCUGUCUAUCAAUCUCACGUCCCCCUCGGGAACUAAGUCCCAGCUGCUCGCCAACAGGUGAAUCUCCCCUUCAGUUCUACUCCGCUCCCUCUCACACUCUACACACCAGUGUUUCUUCCUGGCAAUAAGACAACUGAUUAGACUAAUCAUUAAGCCGUUGAUUAGUUGAACCAGGUGUGUUGGUACUGGACCGGAAUAAGAAAAGCCUGCCCACCCCUGUGGCUUCCCAGGACCAGGAAUGAAGAAACAUUCUACUUCUGUAUCUUUCCAGUGUGUGAUCUGAAUGUGGUCGAACCGUGUGGUUUUUCCUUUGUAGGAAAUAGAAAUGUGGUCUCUGUGUGCUUUCCUCUAGGUUGUUCGACCACUCCAUGGAGGGCUUUAAGAACUGGGAGUUCAUGACCACCCACUGCUGGGGGGAGAAGGCGGCCGGGGACUGGAUCCUGGAGAUCCAUGAUUCCCCCUUCGCAGCUCCGCAGCCAGAAAGUCCCAGGUACAGUAGACUAGAGAAGCCACCCUGUUUAAAGGAGUGACCGUACCAGUGGAAAAUAUGCUUUAAAAAGUGAACUAUCCCCUUAAAGUGGCAAUCUACAGUUUUUGGGACUUGUGAUAUGUACCCAUUGAUUUGUGAAGAAUAUAACAUAAAUGCCUCAUGAGCUUAGUUCGACUGUAGUACCCCAUCAGAACCCAAAAUAUACGCUUGUUUUACUCCAAUGUUUGUAAACAAAGUACAUGUAAACAAACACUGUAUAGCCUCAAAACAUGGUUAAAACGAUCAUUUUGAUGUCAUGGAUGGUCAGGGCUUGCAUCCAUAGCUCUGUCUUUGAAUUUGAGAGUGGUUACAUUUCUCCAGCCCCAUCCUUCAGCUUUUUACCGGAACAGGGGCGGGGAGCCCGCUUUAUUGUUUCAAUUUAGGAUUGCCCCUUUAAGGAUACUCACCGAUAACCACAUUUAUAUUGCUUAGAAGUAUACCAAUGAUGUGUAUUUUUCUUUCUCUCUCUCUUUGUCUGUCUGUGUGUGUGUCUGCUGUGCUGGGCGACACAACCCCCAGGCAAGCUGAAGGAGUGGUCCCUGGUGCUUUAUGGCACCUCUGUGCACCCGUACUCCUCCCUGCGCAGUGACAAGCCUCGCUCGGCCGAGCCCCCUGCAGACGAGGAGUACAACGGUGAGUGGGGAAUAGGAUGGGAGGGAGGGAGGGAGGGACUGUAAGGAAAAAGAGGUGGAGGACAGAAUACAGGAAUCCUGUUACAAGGGAGACAUAGUAGGAAAGGGGGGUGCAAAUGGAGGAGAGACUAAGGGGGAGGAAAAAAGGAUCAGGGCCAGGCACUUAUACCAAAUAAACCUUUGAUUCUCUCUACCUCUCUGUUCUCUCUACCGCUCUGUCUGUUCUCUCUCUGUUUGCUACCUCCUUUAUUAUUAAUCUCUCACACUACCUUGACAUUACCUCUCUUUCUGUUCUCUCCCUCUCUGUUUUCUCCCUAUCUCUCUGUGCUCUCCCUUUCUCUCUGUUCUCUCCUUCACUUGCUACCCCUUUCUGUGCUCUCCCUCUUCUCUGUUCUCUUCCUCCCUCUCUCUGUUCUUUGUCCCUGUUUCUGUUCUCUCUCGCUCUCUCUAGCUGUUCUCUCUCUCUCUCUUUACCUCUGUGGGUUCCCUCUCUCGUGCAGGGUUAUAAUGAUAAAAUAUUAAUAAUAAUUUGGGGCGUGCUUAUACACUGAGUUUACAAAACAUUAGGAACACCUGCUCUUUCCAUGAAUUAGAAUGACCAGGCGAAUCCAGGCGAAAGCUAUGAUCCCUUAUUGAUGUAAUUUGUUAAAUCCACUUCAAUCAGUGUAGAUGAAGGGGAGGAGACAGGUUAAAGAAUGAUUUUUAAGCCUUGAGACAAUUGACACAUGGAUUGUGUAUGUGUGCCAUUCAGAGGGUGAAUGGGCAAGACAAAAUAUUUAAGUGCCUUUGAACGGGGUAUGGUAGUAGGUGCCAGGCGCACUGGUUUGUGUCAAGAACUGCAAUGCUGCUGGGUUUUCCACACUCAACAGUUUGUGUGUAUCAAGAAUGGUCCACCACCCAAAGGACAUCCAGCCAACUUGACACAACUGUGGGAAGCAUUGGCCGGCAUCCCAGUGGAACGCUUUCGACACCUAUUGAGUCCAUGCCCCAACGAAUUGAGGCUGUUCUGAGGGCAAAAGGGGCGGGGGGGUGCAACUCAAUAUUAAAUGUUUUGUACACACAUGCGUAUGUGAAAUGGAAAUGUGUUUUUUUGCAUGUCCCAACUCCCCAUGAGACACCGUCGGAGAGUAGGGUCACGGCCAGGGUCCACUAUUAUCAACGGCGACUCUGGAGCAAUUAGGGUUAAGUGCCUCUCUUAAGGAUACAUCGACAGAAUUUUCACCUUGUCAGCUUGGGGAUUAGAAUUAGCAACCAUUCGGUUACUGACCCAACACUCUAACCUCUAGGCUACCUGCCGCCCAAUGUGAGCAUAUUUGAGGUUACAGUGAGGUAGCUGAUAGUCCAUUAGCCAGUUUGAUAAGCCACAGCACACAGCCAUGACAGCAGAACAUAAACAGCCCCAACGUUUAUACGCUCGGUAGACAUAACAUUCUCCUGCCUUCACCACAACAAGGAACACCUUACACACUCACUCACUCACUCACUCACUCACUGACUGGUUGGAAUGCCAGUCACCUCCCUUUAGUCACACCCCAGUUUUGUCUCAUUCAUAAAGUCUCCACCUACCCCCCCCCUCCCCCGUAACAUGAGGAACUACAGUACCCAUAAUGCUCUGUAUAACAUAUCCUCUUCACUAGGGCUCUGUGACAGUGAGUGCAACGAGAACGGCUGUGAAGGCCCUGGACCUCACCAGUGCAUCAACUGCCUCCAUUACUUCCUCAAGUUCAAGAACAACACCAGGUUAGCAUGUCAGUGUUCUGGCUGCCUCCUGCAGGUCAACAGCUGGGUCAUGUUCAUUAGGCACCAAACUGAAGAAAACAGACUGAAACAGGGAGGGACUUCCGGUCUUGUCCCCCCAAAAAAAAGCUUUUUUUGUUUUUGCCCCUCUCUGAAUUCACCAACAUCGGAUAGCAUGUUCAUGAUUUAGGCAAUAGUCAUUGGUCUGACUGCAGUGUUAGGAAUGUUGCACCUCCCUUCUCUCACUCAUUUGCACUGAUUGAAGUAGGUGAUUACCCAAUCAUUUAAACACGGUGAGAACUGUUGUGACAAGGGUCGUGUUCAGUAGGGCCCACCAUAAACGCAAAACUAAUAUCUACAGUGGGGAAAAAAAGUAUUUAGUCAGCCACCAAUUGUGCAAGUUCUCCCACUUAAAAAGAUGAGAGAGGCCUGUAAUUUUCAUCAUAGGUACACGUCAACUAUGACAGACAAAAUGAGAUUUUUUUUCUCCAGAAAAUCACAUUGUAGGAUUUUUAAUGAAUUUAUUUGCAAAUUAUGGUGGAAAAUAAGUAUUUGGUCAAUAACAAAAGUUUCUCAAUACUUUGUUAUAUACCCUUUGUUGGCAAUGACACAGGUCAAACAUUUUCUGUAAGUCUUCACAAGGUUUUCACACACUGUUGCUGGUAUUUUGGCCCAUUCCUCCAUGCAGAUCUCCUCUAGAGCAGUGAUGUUUUGGGGCUGUCGCUGGGCAACACGGACUUUCAACUCCCUCCAAAGAUUUUCUGUGGGGUUGAGAUCUGGAGACUGGCUAGGCCACUCCAGGACCUUGAAAUGCUUCUUAUGAAGCCACUCCUUCGUUGCCCGGGCGGUGUGUUUGGGAUCAUUGUCAUGCUGAAAGACCCAGCCACGUUUCAUCUUCAAUGCCCUUGCUGAUGGAAGGAGGUUUUCACUCAAAAUCUCACGAUACAUGGCCCCAUUCAUUCUUUCCUUUACACGGAUCAGUCGUCCUGGUCCCUUUGCAGAAAAACAGCCCCAAAGCAUGAUGUUUCCACCCCCAUGCUUCACAGUAGGUAUGGUGUUCUUUGGAUGCAACUCAGCAUUCUUUGUCCUCCAAACACGACGAGUUGAGUUUUUACCAAAAAGUUCUAUUUUGGUUUCAUCUGACCAUAUGACAUUCUCCCAAUCCUCUUCUGGAUCAUCCAAAUGCACUCUAGCAAACUUCAGACGGGCCUGGACAUGUACUGGCUUAAGCAGGGGGACACGUCUGGCACUGCAGGAUUUGAGUCCCUGGCGGCGUAGUGUGUUACUGAUGGUAGGCUUUGUUACUUUGGUCCCAGCUCUCUGCAGGUCAUUCACUAGGUCCCCCCGUGUGGUUCUGGGAUUUUUGCUCACCGUUCUUGUGAUCAUUUUGACCCCACGGGGUGAGAUCUUGCGUGGAGCCCCAGAUCGAGGGAGAUUAUCAGUGGUCUUGUAUGUCUUCCAUUUCCUAAUAAUUGCUCCCACAGUUGAUUUCUUCAAACCAAGCUGCUUACCUAUUGCAGAUUCAGUCUUCCCAGCCUGGUGCAGGUCUACAAUUUUGUUUCUGGUGUCCUUUGACAGCUCUUUGGUCUUGGCCAUAGUGGAGUUUGGAGUGUGACUGUUUGAGGUUGUGGACAGGUGUCUUUUAUACUGAUAACAAGUUCAAACAGGUGCCAUUAAUACAGGUAACGAGUGGAGGACAGAGGAGCCUCCUAAAGAAGAAGUUACAGGUCUGUGAGAGCCAGAAAUCUUGCUUGUUUGUAGGUGACCAAAUACUUAUUUUCCACCAUAAUUUGCAAAUAAAUUCAUAAACAAUCCUACAAUGUGAUUUUCUGGAUUUUCUUUUCUCAAUUUGUCUGUCAUAGUUGACGUGUACCUAUGAUGAAAAUUACAGGCCUCUCUCAUCUUUUUAAGUGGGAGAACUUGCACAAUUGGUGGCUGACUAAAUACUUUUUUUCCCCACUGUAUGUGAGAAGGGGGCGGUUGAGUGGUGUGAUCGUGUGAGUUGGGGAUUGAAGUCCACUGUAAUUGCCUUUGUCUUUGCGAGCAGCCGAACACAGUACGCAGUACACUAAUAAACAAGAAGCCUGCAGGUGCUCUGUCUUGUUCUGUAAAACCUCAUCAUUAGCCCUCCUAAGAAUACAAUGUUUUCCCACUACUUCCAACCCCGGAGUGCUUGCUUGAUGUAGCUGGAGUGGAGUUUGGGAAGGGUGAAAUGAAAGGGGGGGGGGUCAUUUAAUGCUCAUAAUUAUAUCCCUAUGUUUCUCUUUGAUGACCCCGCCAAACUGGUGUGGGUGGGGUUGGUGGGGGAGGGUGAUCUGACGUGGGAGAGAAGUUUUGGAGCACACGGUUUCACCUUUGUAAAAAAACAGCGUGAGAACGAAAGGGCAAAGGAGGUUUAUGGAGUUAUCUAACAGAUGUGCUUUAAAAGAAUGGACCUGUUCACCGUACAGAAACACACACUCCCACGCGCACACACACACACACACACACUCGCACGCUCAAAUGCAGCCAUAUAAGCCGAUACGCACACAAACAUAUGAUGUGUAUAACUUCAGGCCAUGAACUUUGUCUACUCCCCCAGGGGGAGAGGGGUUGUUAUUCUGCAAUCGUGUGGAUUUAGAUUUAUCACCUUGUUCAAACAGUCAGUGGUCAAGAGUACAAAAAUCCAGCCUCGCACUCAGUUUCUUUCCUCUAGCCUGUUCCCGUAAGCCAAUAACAGCAAUGAUAAUGAGGCAUAUUUCUCCCUUACUGUCCUCCUCUCCAUCCCUGUCCUCCCUCGCUCUCCUCCCUCUCUCUCCUCUCCUCCCCCUCUCUCCUCUCCUCCCUCUCUCCUCUCCUCCAUCUCUCCGCUGCAGGACGUGCGUGUCGGAGUGCCCCUCCGGCUUUUUCCGCGAUGACAGGAAGCGCUGUAAGAAGUGUUCGUCUCUGUGUGAGACUUGUGUUGGUAGCCGCAGCGACCAGUGCUCCACCUGCAGGCCGGGCUUCCACCUUAACGAGGCCUCCAACACCUGCGUGGCCAGCUGUGUGGACGGCUUCUAUCUGGACCACGGCAAGUCCACGUCUCCACACACACACCCAUACACACACAAGGAUUAUUCUAAUAUGGGCCUCGAAGUCUGAAGUACUUCCAGUUUUUUAUUUUCUCCCUGGUAGGCAGUUGAUUGAUUGAUUGAUUGAUUGAUUGAUUGAACCAGUCCCAGAGAAGAAAAGGAUGAAAACCUUGAGGCCCAGAUUUGAACCCACCCCCCCUCCACCAUACUCAAACUCAGCCUCUUCUCCCUCACUCAGCUCUGACCCCCACACCAGUCCUCCUAACACUCCCAAUGCCUCUUUGGUCCCUAUGUGACUGGACGUCGUCUUCUCUCGUGUUACAGAUUCCAACAUGUGCAGGAGAUGCAAUGAAAACUGCAAGAAGUGCAUCACAUCUAAUAUCUGCACAGAAUGCAAACCAGGGAUGAGGUACGCCAAGCCAAGCCAAACCCACUUCCCAACAUCGCCUCCCUCACAAACUACUGGUUUCUAGUAGUAGUCGAAUCACCAAACGGUCCAGGGAUCCAUUUUGACGUGUCUCGUGGAGUUUUUGGUGGCUUUUGAUCAUCUUGAUUACCGUUCCAAAGCGUUUCAGUUAGAUCAAGGACAAAACACUUUGAAGCAUCUCAAAAUGUUGUGGUCUUGAACCCAGCCUGACUCGGGUUGCUUCUGCUAGUGUUCAGUGCUGUCUGAGACAGAGGUGGUAACAAGUGUGCAGUAAUACUUCAGAAUGCCCGCAAGACCACAGACAGUCACUCCUAUUCACCAUUCACAGGAAAGAGGGAGGACAAAAACCCAAAUCCUUUCUGGGAAACGGAACUAAUAUAACUCAGUCCAGCUGUUUUUCAGCUCAGUGCACCACAGAAACCUGUCCUCACAGCAACUUCUCAGAAUCGGGUUUAGAACCUCCUGUUCUUGAACAGACUUUUCUGAACAAACCUCUCCCCGGGGACCCCCAGACAUUCCAAUAAUUUGAACUAUUCCACAGCUAGCACACCUGAUUCAACUUGUCAACUAAUCAUCAAGCCCUUGAAAAGGCGAAUCAGGUGAGCUAGUUCAGGGCUACAAAAAUGUUUUCAAAUGUCUGGGGUCCCAGAGGAGCGGUUUGAAAACCACUGGACUAUGUAUAGUGUAUGAUUUUAUUUCUGAUGUAUGAGACUAAUGCAGAAAAAAGAGACCUGUUGCUAGAGAGGUGUGUUGUGUACUAAUGUGUGACUGUGUAAUUCAGUGUAUUGCUCUCUCCAGUCUUCAGGGGAAUAAAUGUCAGAUGACCUGUGACCCCGGGACCUACUAUAAUGGCCACAGGAGGACCUGCGUGCCGUGCCACCAAGUGUGUGCCACCUGUGCAGGUAACGCUCCCUUCACAAAGUAAAGAUGGGGCCUACUACUCACUUGCCCAAAGUAAAAAUCGAUAUUUUGCCUAAAGUGAAGUCUGUGCACUGCUCACCGUCUCCCCCUGUCUGCAGGCACUGGUAUGGAGGCAUGUAUCAAGUGUUCAGAGAGCUACUUAAUGGAGGAGUGGCGCUGUGUGUCCGCCUGCAGCGUGGGAUACUACAUGGCCGAGCAGACUUUGGACAAUGGCGACGUCAACAAGUCCUGCAGGAAGUGAGUCGGAUUGACGCACACAAAUUCCACACCUUCCACUUCCUCCUCUCUUUGACACCUCCUCCCUACAAACCUGGCAUGUUUAUCCUGGCAUGUUUAACUGCCUCAAACCAGACCCUAAUCUUCCAAACGGUUUCAACAUCUGUCCAAUAUCUAUGGUCCCUUAAACCUGCCGUUUCCUCCUUUAAUCCUCUACCUCUACUCACUUUCUGGUCUGGAGGAUAUCUGCCCUUCAGCCCUCCUAUUUGAUGUACCUAAAUCAUAAACUUUGUAAAAGGGACCAACAGGCUUUGUGGAAAGUGUGCCCUCUAUCGCCCAAACCUUAGUUCUACCCCUCCUCCCCCCACCCCCAGGUGUGACCACAGCUGCUACUCCUGCACAGGGCCCGGCGAGACCAACUGCAGCACCUGUGUGAACGGCUACAACCUGGAGGCAGGAGUGUGUGUGCUCAGCACCAUCUGCAAAGAUGGUGAGUACUAGAAACCCCUCAUGUAUAUUAUAGACUCUUUAUUUCAGAAGCUUGUUCUAGCAGUGGCUGCUCACCACAGGUCGCAGCUUUCUUAGGCUUUCUUAGCUCUCCCCUCUUUCUCGCUCUCCUAGUUUACUUCCUAUCUGCCCCUCACCCUCAUCCGUCACAUUCUUUCCUUAUCACUCUUUUCCAUAUUCUCUCCUACCUUUUAUCUCUUGCGCAUUUUGUCGCGAUCUUUGCUCAUGUAUUCACUCCUACUUCAUCUAUCCCAAUCUCCCUUUACAUCUUGUCUAAAUUGUUUAAAAUGAAGCAACUUCUGUUUCUGCAAAACCUUCCCCAUAUCUCACACACUAGAUGAAAGGUUGGUGUUGUGGCCUCAUACUGUAACCCAGUAUAGAGAGUGUCCAUGUUCUAUUUUUGGCAUUCCAGUGACACAGCUAACCUUUUCAGCCCUAACCUACAGGGCCCAUUUGUCUGUGAGAUAUGAUGGUGUUUGUGAGUCGUGACCAUAGAGUUGGAAAGAAAGCCCACCCCUAUCUUUGCCAUUAUUGCUUCUGUGAAUGUGUGGGCAACGGCAUUAAGGGCAAUUCAUUUCCUUGCCUUCUGCUUUUAUGAGUUUAUUUGUGGUUCGUAAAACAAACUCUACUUAUUGUACUGGAGUGUGUGUAGCUAAUAAAAUAGGAUUUGUGGCAUCUCUAUGGUCAAUAACUUUCUUAAGAUCUGAUUAUAUUCAAAGUGUCAUCCCCAGUCUGUACAUGACCUACUGAGACUAAGAGAAAGUGUUUUAUUGACUAACUGGUAAUGAAUCACUUCAGCUUGUAGCCAACUCAAGACUCUCUUGGUUUUUGAGUGCACUGCAAGUUUAAAUGUCCAUUCUUUCAAAUUGAGGUUACAACAGACUGGCGACCCACUUUUUGUGUGCAAAGUCAUCUCUGAUGAAAAGUUACUUUAUGUUUUUACUUUUGAAAUUGUCCCUCUUUGAAAUUGAUUGAAAUGUUUUCUAUUUUUCCCAAAAUGUCUGUUUUACUUUACGACAUGGAUCCAAUCAUUCCUGCUGGACUACAAUCUUUCCCCUCCGAUGAACAUCACAUCUCUGAUGGAUCAAAAUCUUUGUCACCUGACUCCUCUCCUGACCAAUCAUGUGGCUCUGCCCGCCUGUCCUGACCAAUCCCACGGCUCUGCCUGUUUUUUCCCCCAUCUCUUCUUCAUGGUCUAUGGGAAAGCAAAUGAAGAAUCUUGGGCGGAAGGCAGUUUCUGUGUGCUUGUUAAAAAGAACAAUCUGUGCCAGAGGAAAGUGCUGCAGCAACUGUGCUGCAGAACAUGCUCGCUAAAAGGGUGACUGGACAUCCCGCGAGGGGACGGGGGGGGGGGCGGCACCCCUCUACCACAGCCCGCUCACUCAGUUACAUAAUUUAUAAGAAAAUCUGUGCCUCUUAAGGGACUACGUCGGAGGUGUGAUGACAAAACUACAACAAACCUACCUUUUCCUCUACUGGGACAUGUGGUCAGGGCGACAGUAGCGACUGGGACUUACAAAAAAACGAAAACAAAUAAUGUGUCGGUAUUUUGUGACCAAAGCAUCGAUGCCAAAAUAAUUGUACCCUUUUCCAAUGUAGGAUGUGUAGCUUGCAGGAGGGACCCUGUGAAUCUGUUUCCCUUCAUGUUUUUUUUUCUUUCUCCUCCUUGUCAAGAUUAACGAUGCACAGGUGAAAGCUGAUGAACGUAUCAACCCCGGUUGUGUGUUUGUAAAUAAACUUAAAAGCUCACUCAAUAAUGUGAAAACUGUCUGGGUUAAGUUUGCUAUCUGCCAAGUGAGGAUACAUGCGCACAUGAACGCACGCACGAUUGUGCAAACACUUGAAUUGAUAGUUGCGAAAAUCAUGUCCCCAUUCUACAUGUAGCAAUUGUGUGCCACAGGAAUAGAGGUUGCAAAACUGUCAUCUAUAUUUCAGGUAGUGUGCGUGUGAGAGGGAGAACGUUACAGGUACCCUUGACUCACUUAGGUUCAGACACAAAUCAUUCCACAGGUCCUAAGAUGAGACAUCUGUUUAUAAAACACUACAUUACAUAAAUCAGGGUCAUGUUUAUUAGGCAAAAAACAAGAAAAAUGACUUAAACAGGGAAGGACUACCUGGGCUCGUCCAAUAGGAAACCUUUUUUUUUUUUUUUUUUUUGCUAAAUGUUUUCGUUGUGUGCCGUAAUGAACAAGACCCAUAUCUUACUGCUACAUGAGACCAUGGGGCCAUUGCACUUUCACAAACAGCAGCACUAUCAGGGCUUUAUUCCACAACAUUGCACGGUUAUGUCAUUCCAUUCAAACAGAGUUGGUACUGUAUUGAUCUUCUAGAUCAUCUUCUUUGAUAUGGUAGAUGUUUUUGGUUGACUUCAUUUAAAUGUUAUUCUAUCCUAGCAAGCUGCCACACAUUCAAGACAUGUCCAUGACACUAGCAAACGGCAUGCAUUUCAUAAAGGUCGUGCUCAUUAUGCACCAAACGGAAGAAAACAGACAGUAUGACAUAUUAAAAUGUUUUCUGUUGUGUGCCCUGAUGAACAAGACUCAUGUUGUAAGCGCCUCAGAGAGACUGAGAAUCCAAGACAAUGGUUGGUGCUGCAAAAUGUGACCACUGUCUGUCUCUGUCACACACAGGCUAUAGGAGUCAACUUUGUAGUGGUUGAAAAACCUGUUGAUAAAACCUAUUAUAGAAUGAAUACUGAGGUGGAUACAGCACUGUAUUCCAAUAAAGAAUAAAUAUUCUCAAUGUGGGUUUAUACCUUUUGAACAAUUACUGUAGUUGUGUUGUACUGAUGAUUUUGGUUUGAUUUGAAAUAAAAAUGUAUUGAUCCCUUUGGUUAACAGACACGUAUUCUUGGUCAUUGUUGAAGAUUACUUAGAUUUGAUUAGAUAGUAUCAGAGUAGUUUUUUGUACACUAGUGUCGAUGUUAUAUAUAUUAAUGUCAUUACUCCUCCAAGACCUAGUCUGGAUUAUAUUUUACUUACAGUUUUAAUUUUAAUUAAAUUGGUUAAUCUGUUAAUCUUUUUGUGUAUUUUUUCUGCUAGGCUCUGUUGGCCACUUAUGGUCAUUAUGAACAUAAUCAUUUCCCCACACUGUUCAUCUGGGUCGGGUUUAUUAGGCACAAAAUUGAAAAAUAACUAACUGAAACAGGGAGGGACUACAUGGACUUGUUCUAUAAGAAACGCUAAUUUGAGUUUUCAUUAUGAAAAGUUUGAAAACGUUUUCUGUUGUGAGCCCUAAUGAACACAACCCUGGUUGUAUGAUAAACCUCCCAGCCUGUUCCUCACCCAACAUUAUGUUUCCUUUAAGUUCAAGGUUUAGCAAGAAGUUACAGGAUGUAUGUAAUAUAAUUGUAUUUGGUCAUUUAGCAGACAUAUUUAUCCGAAGAGACUUUUAUCCAACGCAGUCAGUGUUGGAGUAGUAAACUACUAAAAAAGUAAGUAACUACUGAAAACACUACCUAGAUUUGAAUUAAAAUCUACGUAGUUAGCAGUGCAGCUAACUACUGGAACUACACAAAAAUAAUUAAUGGGUGAAGUAGACAAUUUAUUAUAAUUUUCGGCAUCAGACUAGGGCUGUUACCGUGACCGUAUUACCGCUACACCGGCAGUCACGAGUCAUGAUGACAGUCAAAUUCCACAUGACCGUUUAGUCACAGUAAUUAGGCUUCUCCAAGCUCUGAUGCUGCUGAUGGUCAUUAGUAGCCUACCAAACUUGCUAACUGCCUGGUACUCAGCACUCUAGUGUCCCUCUAAUCACUCUGACAUCAAUGCAAGUGUCAUCGAAAAUCUAAUCAAACACUUCAUGAGAGCUCAUGUUGUGCAACAUUUCUAUAGGCUGCAAUUGGGUGAGAACAGAGUGAUGGCCUCUUAAAAAGAGGAGGAUCCCAUCAGCUUUCUAUAGGCUAGGCCUACAAUGUUUAUUUCUCAACUUUCCUAAUAUUAAGCACAUUGCUUCUGUUUACAACCUACCUGACUGGCAUGAAAAUGAACCACGUGAAAAGCGUCCUCCAUUCGCUAUUUAAGUGCGUAGAUUACCUGUAUUUUUUUCCGCUGCCCCGGUUUCGAGACAGGUUCAUGAUAAUGGUCCAUUCUAAAUCAAAACAAAUUUCUCACAUAUAUAUUAUUUAGUAUAUGUAAAGACAAGAUUAAAUCAAGAAUAGUGUGAUGGGUGACAAUAUUAGCCUAUCACUUGUGAAUUAUAUAUUAUCACUUGUGAAUGAUGCCCAAGGCAAACCGCACAUUUUUUUUGUGUGACCUUUUCAAAUCAUAGUCGCACACCUCAUGUAGGCUAGCCCAUAGGCCUAUAUGUUUUGAUAAGGUUUGUAUCACAACUAAAGUGGCCAAAUAACUUCUUUAAAAUGAAGCACAUUAAUCCACUUUACAACGGGUGUAGAGCCUAAUUGACUGACAUACAUACGCAGCACGUGAGUUUCAAGUUUGGGGAAGAUAACUUUCACCAUAAAAAUAUACCUUUUAUAAUAAAAGCAAUACAUGCAUAAUCGCAUUUGUGGUCACUUUUGAGAAUGGUGUUUUCCUGCUAAAGGAACAUUUGCGCUUAUAACCUACUGCCGUGUGCUCAUUGCUGUGCUUAUAAUGUGAAGAAAUAGCCUAAUAAUUUAUCAACAUUUUAAGCUAAACGUUCUCAUCUGUUGCGUCAGGCUCAUUGCUUAAAACAGGUUUUUUGAUGCUAGAGGUUGUAUUAAUUUGGAUCUAGCGCAUCCCACAACUGUCCCAGACUAUGUUUGGAUAAUAAUUUCUUCCAAUAUCUUCAAUUUGCGCCUCGGAAUUUGAUAAGGACGAGCGCAGUUGCAUCCCUGAAGUAUUUGUCUUCACUUGUAGCCUGUGAGAAAGACCCGAUCACGUGACUGAGAGCCAUGUGAGUGAGAGGUGCUUCGGCACGCAGCCCGGAGAAGGGAAUUAUAAUUAUUAUAUUCAGCCCAAGGGCACAGCGGUCACUGGCCACAAAAGGAAUGUAUGUUUUUAGAAGGCAUUACGGCCACACACGGGAUGCAAAUCAAAUCAAAUCAAGUGUUAUUUGUCGCAUGCGCCGAAUAUAACAGGGGUAGACCUUACAGUGAACUGCUUACUUACAAGCCCUUAACCAACAAUGCAGUUUUAAGAAAGAAUACCCAAAAAAUUCACACAAAAAUACAAUAUGAAAUAAAAGUAACAAAUAAUUAAAGCGCAGCAGUAGAAAUAACAAGAGCGAGGCUAUAUACAGGGGGUACCGGUACCGAGUCAAUGUGCGGGGGCACCGGUUAGUCGAGGUAAUUGGGGUAAUAUGUACAUGUAGGUAGAGUUAUUAAAGUGACUAUGCAUAGAUAAUGAACAGAGAGUAGCAGCAGCGUAAAAGAGGGGUGGGGGGGCAAUGCAAAUAGUCUGGGUAGCCAUUUGAUUAGAUGUUCAGUCUUAUGGCUUGAGAGUAGAAGCUGUUUAGAAGCCUCUUGGACCUAGACUUUGUGCUCCGGUACCGCUUGCCGUGCGGUAGCAGAGAGAACAGUCUAUGACUCGGGUGGCUGGAGUCUUUGACAAUUUUUAGGGCCUUCCUCUGACACCGCCUGGUAUAGAGGUCCUGGAUGGCAGGAAGCUUGGCCCAUAGUGAUGUACUGGGCCGUACGCACUACCCUCUGUAGUGCCUUGCGGUCGGAGGCCGAGCAGUUGCCAUACCAGGCAGUGAUGCGACCAGUCAGGAUGCUCUCAAUGGUGCAGCUGUAGAACCUUUUGAGGAUCUGAGGACCCAUGCCAAAUCUUUUCAGUCUCCUUAGGGAGAAUAGGUUUUGUAGUGCCCUCUUCACAACUGUCUUGGUGUGCUUGGAUCAUGUUAGUUUGUUUUUGAUGUGGACACCAAGGAACUUCAAGCUCUCAACCUGCUCCACUACUGCCCCGUCGAAGAGAAUGGGGGCAUGCUCUGUCCUCUUCUUUUUACUGUAGUCCACAAUCAUCUCCUUUGUCUUGAUUACGUUGAGGGAGAGGUUGUUGUCCUGGCACCACACGGCCAGGUCUCUGACCUCCUCCCUAUAGGCUGUCUCGUCGUUGUUGGUGAUCAGGCCUACCACUGUUGUGUCAUUGGCAAACUUAAUGAUGAUGUUGGAGUCGUGCCUGGCCAUGCAGUCAUGAGUGAACAGGGAGGACAGGAGGGGACUGAGCACGCACCCCUGAGGGGCCCCCGUGUUGAGGAUCAGCGUGGCGGAUGUGUUGUUACCUAUCCUUACCACCUGGGGACGGCCCGUCAAGAUCCAGUUGCAGAGGGAGGUGUUUAGUCCCAGGGUCCUUAGCUUAGUGAUGAGCUUUGAGGGCACUAUGGUGUUGGAUGUCAAUGAAUAGCAUUCUCACAUACAUGUUCAUUUUGUCCAGGUGUGAAAGGGCAGUGUGGAGCGCAAUAGAGAUUGCAUCAUCUGUGGAUCUGUUAGGGCGAUAUGCAAAUUGGAGUGGGUCUAGGGUUUCUGGGAUAAUGGUGUUAAUGUGAGACAUGACCAGCCUUUCAAAGCACUUCAUGGCUACAGACGUGAGUGCUACGGGUCGGUAGUCAUUUAGGCAGGUUACAUUAGUGUUCUUGGGCACAGGGACUAUGGUGGUCUGCUUGAAACAUGUUGGUAUUACAGCCAGUUGGUCAGCGCAUGCUCGGCGUACACGUCCUUGUAAUUCGUCUGGCCCUGCGGCCUCGUGAAUGUUGACCUGUUUAAAGGUCUUACUCACAUCGGCUACGGAGAGCGUGAUCACACAGUCAUCCAGAACAGCUGAUGCUCUCAUGCAUGUUUCAGUGUUACUUGCCUCGAAGCGAGCAUAUAAGUAAUUUAGCUCGUCUGGUAGGCUCAUGUCACUGGGCAGCUCGCGGCUGUGCUUCCCUUUGUAGUCUGCAAUAGUUUGCAAGCCCUGCCACAUCCGACAAGCGUCGGAGUCGGUGUAGUACGAUUCGAUCUUAGUCCUGUAUUGACGCUUUGCCUGUUUGAUGGUUCGUCGGAGGGCAUAGCGGGAUUUCUUAUAAGCUUCCGGGUUAGAGUCCCGCUCCUUGAAAGCGGCAGCUCUACUCUUUAGCUCAGUGCGGAAGUAAUCCAUGGCUUCUGGUUUGGGUAUGUACAGUGGGGGAAAAAAGUAUUUAGUCAGCCACCAAUUGUGCAAGUUCUCCCACUUAAAAAGAUGAGAGAGGCCUGUAAUUUUCAUCAUAUGUACAAGUCAACUAUGACAGACAAAAUGAGGAAAAAAAAAUCCAGAAAAUCACAUUGUAGGAUUUUUAAUGAAUUUAUUUGUAAAUUAUGGUGGAAAAUAAGUAUUUGGUCAAUAACAAAAGUUUCUCAAUACUUUGUUAUAUACCCUUUGUUGGCAAUGACACAGGUCAAACGUUUUCUGUAAGUCUUCACAAGGUUUUCACACACUGUUGCUGGUAUUUUGGCCCAUUCCUCCAUGCAGAUCUCCUCUAGAGCAGUGAUGUUUUGGGGCUGUCGCUGGGCAACACAGACUUUCAACUCCCUCCAAAGAUUUUCUAUGGGGUUGAGAUCUGGAGACUGGCUAGGCCACUCCAGGACCUUGAAAUGCUUCUUACGAAGCCACUCCUUCGUUGCCCGGGCGGUGUGUUUGGGAUCAUUGUCAUGCUGAAAGACCCAGCCACGUUUCAUCUUCAAUGCCCUUGCUGAUGGAAGGAGGUUUUCACUCAAAAUCUCACGAUACAUGGCCCCAUUCAUUCUUUCCUUUACACAGAUCAGUCGUCCUGGUCCCUUUGCAGAAAAACAGCCCCAAAGCAUGAUGUUUCCACCCCCAUGCUUCACAGUAGGUAUGGUGUUCAACUCAGCAUUCGUUGUCCUCCAAACACGACGAGUUGAGUUUUUACCAAAAAGUUAUAUUUUGGUUUCAUCUGACCAUAUGACAUUCUCCCAAUCCUCUUCUGGAUCAUCCAAAUGCACUCUAGCAAACUUCAGACGGGCCUGGACAUGUACUGGCUUAAGCAGGGGGACACGUCUGGCACUGCAGGAUUUGAGUCACUGGCGGCGUAGUGUGUUACUGAUGGUAGGCUUUGUUACUUUGGUCCCAGCUCUCUGCAGGUCAUUCACUAGGUCCCCCUGUGUGGUUCUGGGAUUUUUGCUCACCGUUCUUGUGAUCAUUUUGACCCCACGGGGUGAGAUCUUGCGUGGAGCCCCAGAUCGAGGGAGAUUAUCAGUGGUCUUGUAUGUCUUCCAUUUCCUAAUAAUUGCUCCCACAGUUGAUUUCUUCAAACCAAGCUGCUUACCUAUUGCAGAUUCAGUCUUCCCAGCCUGGUGCAGGUCUACAAUUUUGUUUCUGGUGUCCUUUGACAGCUCUUUGGUCUUGGCCAUAGUGGAGUUUGGAGUGUGACUGUUUGAGGUUGUGGACAGGUGUCUUUUAUACUGAUAACAAGUUCAAACAGGUGCCAUUAAUACAGGUAACGAGUGGAGGACAGAGGAGCCUCUUAAAGAAGAAGUUACAGGUCUGUGAGAGCCAGAAAUCUUGCUUGUUUGUAGGUGACCAAAUACUUAUUUUCCACCAUAAUUUGCAAAUAAAUUCAUUAAAAAUCCUACAAUGUGAUUUUCUGGAUUUUUUUCUUCUCAAUUUGUCUGUCAUAGUUGACGUGUACCUAUGAUGAAAAUUACAGGCCUCUCUCAUCUUUUUAAGUGGGAGAACUUGCACAAUUGGUGGCUGACUAAAUACUUUUUUUCCCCACUGUACGUACAGUCACUGUGAGGACGACGUCAUCGAUGCACUUAUUGAUGAAGCCAGUGACUGAUGUGGUGUACUCCUCAAUGCCAUCAGAAGAAUCCCGGAACAUAUUCCAGUCUGUGCUACAAAAACAGUCCUGUAGCUUAGCAUCUGCUUCAUCUGACCACUUGUUUAUUGACCGAGUCACUGGUGCUUCCUGCUUUAGUUUUGGCUUGUAAGCAUGAAUCAGGAGGAUAGAAUUAUGGUCAGAUUUUCCAAAUGGAGGGCGAGGGAGAGCUUUGUACACGUCUCUGUGUGUGGAGUAAAGGUGGUCUAGAGUGUUUUUCCUUCUGGUUGCACAUUGAACAUGCUGGUAGAAAUGAGGUAAAACUGAUUUAAGUUUCCCUGCAUUAAAGUCCCCGGCCACUAGGAGCGCCGCCUCUGGAUGAGCAUUUUUCUGUUUGCUUAUGGCCGUAUACAGUUCAUUGAGUGCGGUCUUAGUGCCAGCAUCGGUUUGUGGUGGUAAAUAGACAGCUACGAAGAAUAUAUAUAAACUCUCUUGGUAGAUAGUGUGGUCUACAGCUUGUCAUGAGAUACUGUACCUCAGGCAAGCAAAACCUUGAGACUUCCUUAGAUAUCGUGCAGCAGCUGUUGUUUACAAAUAUACAUAGACUGCCACCCCUUGUCUUACCAGAGGCUGCUGUUUUAUCCUACCGAGUCCUUGCCACUGAAAAACAUCCCCACAGCAUGAUGCUGCCACCACCAUGCUUCACCGUAGGGAUGAUGCCAGGUUUCCUCCAGACGUGACGCUUGGCAUUCAGGCCAAAGAGUUCAAUCUUGGUUUUAUCAGACCAGAAAAUCUUGUUUAUCAUGGUCUGAGUCUUUUAGGUGCCUUUUGGCAAACUCCAAGCAGGCUGUCAUGUGCCUUUUACUGAGUAGUGGCGUCCGUCUGGCCACUCUACGAUAAAGGCCUGAAUGGUGGAGUGCUGCAGAGAUGGUUGUCCUUCUGGAAGGCUCUCCCAUCUCCAUAGAGGAACUCUGGAGCUCAUUCAGAGUGACCAUCGGGUUCUUGGUCACCUCCCUGACCAAGGCCCUUCUCCCCCGAUUGCUCAGUUUGGCUGGAUGGCCAGCUCUAGGAAGCGGCUUGGUGGUUCCAAAUUUCUUCCAUUUAAGAAUGACACAAUCCUGUCUCGGAGCUCUACGGACAAUUCCUUUGACCUCAUGGCUUGGUUUUUGCUCUGACAUGCACUGUCAACUGUCUGACCUUUAUAUAGACAGGUGUGUGCCUUUCCAAAUCAUGUCCAAUCAAUUGAAUUUACCACAGGUGGACUCCAAUCAAGUUGUUGAAACAUCUCAAGGAUGAUCAAUGGAAACAGGAUGCACCUGCGCUCAAUUUCGAGUCUCAUAACAAAGGGUCUGAAUACUUAUGUAAAUAAGGUUUUUCUGUUUUUUUUGUUUAUACAUUUGCAAAAUUUCUAGGAGAAGCUAGGUUUUCCUUUGUCAUGGAUUGGGUAUGUGGUGAUGUAGAGUGGAGACUUUUUAGUGAAGGUGGGCUUUAAAAUAGGCAUUUGAAGGUGACGAAGUGUGGAAAAGUCAGGAGUUGAUGAUGGAGCGAGGGAGGACUGGGGGAGGGCAUGGCGGAGGGAGUGGAGUGAGGCGGGAUGGCAGUAGGGGGGGGUAGGACGUGCGGGAGGGAGGGAGUGGAGGUCUUGGGAGGGGUGAGGUCGGGAGGGGAGUGAGUGAUGGGGGGAUGGAGGAGGGAGGUGGGAGAGGUCGGGUGAGUGGUCGUUUAGUUCUUUCUUUCUUUUCUGAUUUCUGUACUUUCUUCUGUUCGAUGGUCUUAUUGAUUUCUUCUUUCUUGUUAUUUCUUUCUUUCUUUCUUUCUUCUUGUCUUUCUUUUUCUUUCUUUAUUUUUUCUUUUUUCGUCUUUCUGUUUCUUCUUUAUUUCUUCUUUUUCUUUCUUUCUUUCUUUCUUUCUUCUUUCUUUCUUUCUUUCUUUCUUUCUUUCUUUCUUUCUUUCUUUCUUUCUUUCUUUCUUUCUUUCUUUCUUUCUUCUAAAUAAAGUGCAUCAUUAUUCCCAUAACAUUAUUACAGAGAAUCAGACAAGUUAUGCUACCCUCUGCCUAUUGGCUACUUAGCUUAUUCAAGCCUGUCUCAAAAUACAGCACUUCCCCUUUAAGACAAAAAAAAAAGCUAUUUACCUGACUCGCUUUUCAAAGAUGUCUAGAAAUGCACACGUUUUGUGCUCUUCUAGGAAGCAAUCAGAUGUGGAGUGUGUGUGAGAUGAGUCCUAGUAGGUCCUAGGUAGGGUUGUGUAAGUAUAUUCUCCCUCUCUGUUUUCAGGUGAGUACCUGA